AUGAUAGGAUUAGAAUCAAAUGAUCAAAUAGAUUCAGAAUAUAAUGAGAAAUCAACAAAAUUAAUGAAUGGAAUAAAUGAAAAUAAUCAAAUUGAGACAUUAAAAAAACAGACUAGAGUAAUAUCAAUUGAAAAUGAUUCUAAUUUAAGAAAAGAAUGGAAUAAUUCAAAGGAAAAGUCUGGUAAUAAAAUGAAUACAACGAAUACUUCAAAUAUUAAUUGUACAAAUCAAAGUAUGUUAAAUACAAAAACUACAUCUACAACUGCUUCAUCCUUAUCUUCUAUAUCAUCAUUUCCUCAACUUCAUAAUCAUUGGUGUAUACCUUCUAGAUAUCAGGUUCGUCAUUUAAUUGGUACAGGAUCUUAUGGUCAUGUUUGUGAAGCUUAUGAUACUAUGGAGAAUCGUCUAGUUGCAAUUAAAAAAAUUCAUAGAGUUUUUGAAGAUUUAGUAGAUUGUAAAAGAAUUCUUAGAGAAAUUGCAUUAUUAAAUAGAUUAAAUCAUGACAAUAUUGUGAAAGUGUUGGAUAUUUGUGUUCCUGAUAAUUUACUUACUUUUGAUGAGAUAUAUUUAGUAUUGGAGAUAGCAGAUAGUGACUUCAAGAAAUUAUUUAGAACUCCGGUAUAUUUGACAGAGCUUCAUGUAAAGACUCUGCUUUAUAAUUUAUUAGUUGGUCUUAAAUAUAUUCAUUCAGCAGGAAUAUAUCAUAGAGAUUUAAAACCUGCUAAUUGCCUAGUUAAUCAAGAUUGUGGAGUAAAGAUUUGUGAUUUCGGAUUAGCUAGAACAGUAAGAUCACAAGAAAAUCUAAUUUCAAAAUAUAAUUGUGUUGAUAAUAAAGGAAAUUCAAAUGGUAAUGAUAAUUACAGACCAGCAGGACGUUAUUUAAAACGGCAAUUAACUGGGCAUGUAGUUACUAGAUGGUACCGUGCACCAGAAUUAAUUUUACUACAAGAAAAUUAUACAGAAGCUAUUGAUAUGUGGAGUGUUGGUUGUAUUUUUGCAGAAUUAUUAAAUAUGUUAAAAGAAAAUGUUGCAUAUUAUAGUGACAGAAGUCCACUAUUUCCUGGAAGUAGUUGUUUUCCUUUAUCUCCAGAUAAUAAACAUCAAGGUGAAGAUUAUCGUUUUAAAAUAAGAGGGAAUAGAGAUCAAUUAAAUAUGAUCUUUAAUAUUUUAGGAUCUCCAAAAGAGGAGGAUAUUGAUAUAUUAGAAAAGGAAGAUGCCAAAAGAUAUAUCAGGAUUUUUCAUAAGCGCUCAGGUAUUGAUAUGCAUGCUAGAUUUCCUGGAGCAUCAAAUUUAGCUAUUGACUUAUUGAAAAAGAUGUUAGUAUUUAAUCCAAUUAAAAGAAUAACUGUUGAAGAAGCUCUUUGUCAUUCCUUUUUUAAGAAUAUACGUAAUGAGAAAUUGGAAGUAAUUUCUAAUGAAAAAGUGACUUUACCUUUUGAUGAUUGGAAUGUAAUGACAGAAAAAGAAUUACGAUAUUAUUUUCUUAAGGAGAUUCAACUCUAUUCUCCAAACUUAAUUAUUCCUGGAUCAUUGAUAAUAGAAAACAAUAUAAUACCAUAA